GGCUUCGUUGGUCACAGUGGUCAACAAUAAGUCCAGGAAUUCUGAAAAACUUGAAGAAGAAGUUGUGUUUUUGUACGUGUGAAUGCUAUAAACGCUAUACACGGACUAAAGAGGUUUUAUAGCGUCAUAUAUAUCCUAGGAGAAAGUUUUUAUCUUGUCGAUUCAGCAGGCAAUGACCACAUUACAACUGUGUUUUUGGUGUUUUGCUCUCUGCAGAUGCUUGUGUAACCAUAUCCUAGGAACAGCUCACCUAUUCCAGGUUACUGGCAUCGUGUUAUAAAGAAUAUAAAUAUAUUAAACAUAAUGGGGAAACAUGAAGUCAGUACCCCCAAAUAUAUUGCCAACAAAUUAAUGGCGAAAUGCCUCCAGAAACUUCGUUGGUAUUGUCAGAUGUGUCAGAAGCAAUGCCAUGACGAGAAUGGUUUCACGUGCCAUAUGACGUCAGAAUCACAUCAGCGGCGACUUCUUCUAUUUCCUGAUAAUGCAGACAAAUACAUUAAUAAUUUCAACAAAGAGUUUGAAAGCGGUUAUCUGGAACUACUGAAACGUCAGUUUGGUACAAAACGUGUUCAUGCAAAUCGUGUGUACCAGGACUAUAUCGCCGACCGUCAUCAUUUGCAUAUGAAUUCUACGCAAUGGGAAACAUUGACAGACUUUGUGAAAUGUCUUGGAAGGGAAGGAAAGUGCAUAGUGGAUGAGACUGAAAAGGGAUGUCAUGUACAGUAUAUAGACCGUGACCCAGAAACCAUUGCAAUGCAAGAAGCUCUUGGUCGCAAGGAGAAGGUCGACAGAGACGACCAAGAGAAGAUGAUGGCCUUUAUUGAAAAGCAAAUUGAGAAGGAGAAAGAAUUUUCCAAGAAUUACACUCCUGUCUUCGCAGAGUUUGUGCGACAAAGUGAGGAAUAUAAAGUAGUUGUAAAUCUGAAGUUAAAAACAAAAAGGGAUGAAGACAUGAAAAAUAAAACUUUGGUGGAAAGUAAUUCAUUGAAGAAUGACUACAAGAAAGGAGGGUGUUCUUCAGCAGGAAACAACAAAGAUUGGGAAUCUGGAAGAGGGAGGGGUGAAAAGAGGAAAUUAUCAGCCCUAGAUGAGAUUAUUAAAGAUGAAGAGAACAAGAAAGCACAUAUAAACAGAAAGGAUUAUUGGUUGGUUGCAGGAAUUGUUGUGAAAGUGAUGGCAAAGUGUCUGGGUGACAAAUACCACAGGAAGAAAGGGGUUGUGACUGGAGUGCCAGAUAAGUAUGUAACUACUGUAACCAUGUAAGAUAGUGAACACAAACUAAAACUAGACCAAGAACAUCUUGAAACAGUGGUACCAGCAAUAGGGCGACCUGUGCGUGUUGUAAAUGGCGCUUAUCGUGAUUGCAGUGCCAUGCUUAGGGAACUGGAUCAGAAGAAAUUCUGUGUAACCAUUGAAGUAUCCUCAGGCCCUUUGAAGGGCAGAAUGGUUGACAGAGUGGAAUAUGGAGAUAUCUGUAAAUUAUAUAAUGUAGAUAUGUGAAUACAGUAUAAUAUUAACGUGAUGUUCGCAGGUUUAUAGGUUUGAUCCUGUAAGAAAUAAUAAUAACAAAGCAUAUAAAUUUAGCUACAAUACUCUUUGCAGUGGGAGAUUAAUUCUGUAAUCCAGUUAAUGAGCCAUCAUUGUAACAUUUCGUUACCAACGAGAAGUUUAACUGCUGUUCUGCAUUUCAUAUAACUACAAUGAAUGAUAUAGGAGCUGUGAUUGGGGGUCAGAGUUCAAGCCCCAGUGGGGUCAAGAAUUUUCUCUGCAAUAACCAGACUGGCUUUGUAGCCUACUCAGCCUUCUAAAUCACGGAAUCAUUAAAUGGGGGUUUCCCUGUAUUUAUAAUUUUGGAUCACAUGGCAGAGUGGAAUGAUGGAAGCGUUCUCCAAAACAGUGGCUAACCAGUCCCACCAUAAGGUGAUGAAAUUAUAGAUAGAAUGAACAGAGGUUAACAACAGCCAUGAAAGCCAGUAGGCUUCUUGCCUGAAAUAUACUGGAAAUAAGAACAGAGAACAAAAGUUUCUCUGAAUUCUUUCUCAUAAUGCAGUGUUGGCAAGUACUAGUUUUGUUAUAUUCUUGAAAUGAAUUUAUGGAAUGAAUAUUGAUGUGAGUUGUGCAAAACAGCAAUAUUAAAUUUUCAUAUUGUAAAUUUCACAUGGUGUAUUUGAAUAAUUAUCCAUUCAAUGUCAUUAAACUUGCAAAUGAUGA